AUGAAACUGAAGGCUUUGCUUAUUGAUGAUAGUGGGGAUGGACGUGGAGCUAGAUCAAGUACAAGGACUACCGGAAGAGCAAUGCGUAGAGGCGGUCGUGGUACUCUGCAUAACGUUAAAAAUAAGAAGCAUACCACAAGCGGAAAGGGUACUGGCGCCAAUAAUGACAAGAGUAAAACUAAGCAUGGCUCUGGAGACAACAGUUUGCAAAUCAAUACCACUACGAAUAAUACAGAUUCAAUGGCAAACCGGAGAAUGACGAGGUCAAUGGCACGGUCAUUAGAAUCCCAGGAGGUAGAUGUAAAGGAAACUAGCUUGAUCAUAUUGGACUUCUCGAAAAUAUUCUUCGGAUCUAAAUAUGCCAACGGCACAGAAUUCGAACUUCAAACUGGAGUACCAUUCCCGCCUUUCCCAACGACAGAUGAAGUGCCUCACCUUCAAGUGGUUGAAGCACUAGGUGGAGGCGCGACCGGCGAUGUCUACAGAGCGGAACUUCAGCAUCCUAAUAGGCCCGACCUUCCUUGUCGCAAGACGACAGAAACCGUUGUGAAGAUCUGCAUAACGAAUAUGUCAAUUAUUGCUUACUACAAUUGGGCAAACGCGAUGACAAACUCAAGGAUAUCAUAA